UCCAAUCUGUCAAAAUCAGUUGACUUCAUUAAUGUGCGACUUUUUUUAAAAAAAUGGAAAUUCUAGAUAUUACCGAAGACACAUCCGACUCCUAUUUUUCGGAUGGGGUACGUAAAGUCUACUACGUAUUGGUGAUAUCUAGGAUCAGUGCCUAUGAACACCAUAAAGUGUUGAACACUUACAUAAGAAACUUGCAAACAUCAGGUUUACAGUUUGAACAGUGCUACGGCAUCACUGAGCCUGUCGUGUUUGUGAAGAUCCACAUACCAGAGGAGACGCUGACUUUUAUAUCAGUGAAGUACCCUUACUGGAAGGCCACCAUGGUGGUUCUAGGUGCACGUAGACAUGUCAGGGAAUGGAAGUUUAUGAAAAAGUUUUCAACACCUUUAGACUUCAGAAAUUCUUUGGCUGGAGAAGAUGUUUGUGGAAGAAUAUAUUUUAUUAACGAAAUCUUAAAGUACACAAGGUACGGCGAAAAGAAUGAGGAUCGUGGAUUGAGCAAAUUGCUGGACAAAAAGAUAAUCAGCAAAGCAUAUCCAUUACAUGAUGGUCGAAUCCAGAAGGAGUUGUGGAACUAUGAGUCUCUGAUGAACGACCGCACUUUGUUGGUCAAAUACUGGGGCAACUUCCGAAUGUUCUACAAGAGUCAACCUCUUGAUAUGAUUAAGAAGUACUUCGGGCUCGAACUGGCCUUUUAUUUUGCCUGGCUGGGAUUCUAUCAAAAAUACUUGACUCCCAUGGUGAUUAUUUCUAUCAUGUUCAUACUGUAUAAUAUAUUGAGAUAUUUAUCCAGAAGUGAAUUCCUGAAUUCUGUAUGCCGAGGAUCUGCCCCUGGCCUUCCACUUUGUGGGUACUGUGUGUUAGAAGACAAAAAAUGUUAUAUGACCACGGUGGAUCAAUAUUGUCCCAGCAUCCACCUACAAUCAUUGUCAGAAAACGAAUCUUACAUUUAUGCAAUGGUUAUGUCCAUUUGGGCAGGACUGGUGGCCUCCCAAUGGAAAAGGUACGAAGCCAAACUUCGGAAGCGUUGGAACCUAACUGACAUAGAGCACCAAUUGGAUGAACGCUUCCAAUAUCGCAAGAACCAGAGGAACAGGCGCAAAUCCUUUCUGACAGGUCGCAUGGAGGCUUACACGCCUACUUUAGAAAAAUUCGUGGUACUCAUCGUCACAUACCUGGUCAUUUCGUUGGUUGGUGUGGCUUUACUCCUUUCAAUGUACCUGAACAUCUCCUUCACUAACCACAUGAAAAUUUUGCUGAUCCGAUACAGGCAAGCAAGUGCUGCAAGCCUGGAAUUAUUAUUUGACAGCCUCGUGAUAAUAAUUCAGUUUACUAUCGUUAGAAUAGCUUGGAGUUGGCUGACCAAAUUGUGUUCUUUGAUAGUACGGUUGCAACAUCACAAGUACCAGCAGGAGCACGACAAGACUUUCCUGUUUUUACGAUACGCCUGUGCAUUCAUGAAUCAGUACAUGAUAUUCUUCUACAUUGCCUUCAUAAAGGGUUCAUUUUACAACAUACCGAACCCUGAGGUGACACUAGAUUACUUGAGUUACGAGAAAUGUCCAGUCAGCUCCUGCAUGGACGUGUUACUCGUCAUGGUUAACAUAGUUGCCAUUUUGUUUGCACUGGGCAAAUGCAAGGACUAUUUUGCAAGUAAGUUGAAAGUAUCUAGUGGUAGUGGAGGUUUUGUGUUACCACAACACGAAAGAGAAUACAAGCUCGAGCAAGUGAAGCUGUGGCAUCUGCAAGUACAAUUCAUACAGAACAUGAUACUUCAUGGAUUUUUGGUGUUCUUCGCAACUGGUAACUUCUUUGGUGCAAUAUUUGCAAUGUACAUCACAAUAGCCAGAUUGCGGGUUGAUGCCUUUAAUUUUCUUCAUAAUUACCAGAGGCCAGUACCGAAGAUUGUGUACAACGUGAACCCUUGGAAUAACGUGCUCAUGUUCAUAACUGUAGCUAGCAUGCUACUCAACGCGUUGGUAUCCAUGUUCACGUCCGAAGCUAUCGACAUGCAGUACUACCUACAUUCUCAUAGGAACAUGACUGGUUACUUCAUUGCUAGACUCUCAGUUUUCGACAAGAGAGACCUGUUUGGACCUGAAUUUUCUGAUGGCAGUGGUAACAACAGCCACUUGUGCUACUACAGAGAUCAGAGGUAUCCUCCGGAUCACCCGAACAAGUAUAGAUAUACUGUGGAGUUUUGGAUGCUGACAAAUUGGAAGCUGAUAGGGAUUUACUUAUUCGAAAUGCUGGUCAUCACUAUGGUGUCGUUGAUGCAUAUUGGAAGGGGGUAUGAGCCAGUGAGGGGAAGUGAUCUUCACAUUAACUACAGGUUCUUCCGGCAACAACAAGAAAAGUACAAGUGGAAGGACAAGAAAUUAUUUAUGGUGACUCCUUUCGACGAAGAAUAACACAUAUUUACUUAAUAUAACUUGAUGGUAAUAUUAUAUAUUUUUACCUUUUAA